UAUUCGUGAGAGUAAACCACAGCUCCACUCUCCACAAGCCCACAAACAGUGAUUGGUUGUGCAAAAGCAGGUAUUCUCGAGAUUCGGAACACUGCAGUUUUGGCUCAAUCUUCAUUCGGCUCGAAAACUAUGGAGAACGAUUCGCCCAAAAGUGGGCAAGGCCGGUGAGCCUCCAGGGAGCCGAGAGGUCAGCCUUUCUUGCUCGUUCUCUUGUGGCGAAUUGGUUCGAGGAAUCGAAGACCGCCCAUUUGUCGCCGGACCAAAAUGCGGCGACCCAUUUCGUCUGAGGACGAGUGUUCGUCUCUUGAGGUCGAUAUUUGGUUCUAUCCAGAGGUUUGACGUUAAAGUUUUGUUGUUUGAUGGUUUUAUUUGAGAUUUGGUUAUGGGCUUGUGGCUUUUGGUUUGUACAUUGAUGGGUUUAUAGGGUAAGUGUAUUUUUUCAGAUCGAGAACUGCAUCACUUCGCGUGUUCAUGUUCUUCCGACAUUGCAUGGGUUUCUACUUUCUAGAGAUGUGAUGAUUUGUUGACUUGAGUUUAUGGGGGUUGUGUUUUGAGGAUUUAACAAAAUUGGAAAGAACUGGUGUCCUUGAAUAUUGGGCCUUUCGAAGUUCAAGGAGAUAUAUCUGGUUAAGGACUAACUAUGAUAUGUUUUCUUGGAACUUUAAUGGGAAUCUUUCAUCGUUGAUUUGUGUGGAAUGCAAAAAAUAUUGUAUUUCACUCUGAUUCAAUCUGAUUUGCGCCUGUUUAGGAUUUCUUCAAUUUACUCUAUUGAACAUCUGGGUGAUGUUUCUAUUCUGGUUUCAAUAAGAUAAGCAUAAGCAUGACAAGAGGGAAGAUCUUGAUUAAAAUGCAGAAAUCAGAACAUAGGCGCUUGGGGAGAAGAUUUGCUUGCUGAUUCUGGUAAUUGUCAUAUUGGGUAUUCCUUAAAAGAACUCGGAGUUUAUAGAAGAUCAAUUUGCAGUCAGUUCGUCUCAAUGGCUUCCAUUAGGAGGGCACAGUCUCCAGUACCUAGACCAGGAUCUUUGCGAAAUGCGGACGCCAAUUUAGUUGCUUCUCCCUUGUCGAAGUCCUCUUCAUGUUCUCAGAACCAUCCGGCGCCUGUGGGGUCAUUAACCUCUUCCUUUAGUUCACUUGGCCAUGCCUUAUAUAGAGCUCAAGCUUUUAUACUCGGCCUUUGCUCGAGAAGAUUUUCCCGACCCAUAGAGAGGUCAAAGCCAAAGGCGCAAGUUUGGAGGAGGUCUCUUGUCCCUUUUUUCAUAUGUUUUAUGGUUGGGGUUUUAUUUGGCCUUACCCCAUUUGCUUCAAUGAAUUUAUCUGUGAAUUUUAUGUCCAAACAACAAGCUUUCUCCUUCGAGAUGGUUCCACCUCAAAAAGUUGAGUCACUUAAUGUCAAUUCGAGAAAUGCGACACUGGUAUUGGAUGAUUUGGCUGUGAAUCAUAUUUUUUCUGUAGACCCGGAUGUGAUGCAACUAGACCUGCAAAAUCAGACAUUUAAUGGUAGCCUGGUCAUGCAAUCACUUAAUCAGGAUUUGGUUAUGGCGUUCAACAAGCUUUUGAUCAUUGUGACACCAACAUAUGCUCAGCCAUUUCAAGCCUAUCAUCUGAACCGUUUGGCACAUGCAUUAAAAUUAGUCCCACCCCCUUUGUUGUGGAUAGUUGUGGAGAUGGGCUCUCAGUCUGCAGAAACAGCUGACAUAUUGAGGAGAAAUGGUGUCAUGUACAGGCAUCUUGUGUUAAAUAAGAACCUAACUGAUAUAAAAUAUAGGGGUGUACACCAAAGAAACGUGGCACUGUCUCACAUUGAGACACACCAUCUUGAUGGAAUUGUUUACUUUGCGGAUGGUGAUAACAUCUACUCUGUCGAGAUAUUUGAACAGAUGAGGCAUAUCAGGAGAUUUGGAACCUGGAUGGUUGUCAAGCCAAUGAAAAGCAACAGUAGAACUAUACUGGAAGGUCCAAUUUGUAAUGGGACUCAAGUUGUAGGGUGGCAUACAAAUGAACCGAGAAGAUUCCAGAGAUUCUAUGCUGAUAUUUCUGGAUUUGCCUUCAAUAGCACUAUACUUUGGGAUCCAAAAAGAUGGCACCGUCCCACACUUGAACCUAUUAGACAGCUUGAUACAGUUGAUAGAGGACUUCAAGUGAGCUUAUUUAUUGAGCAAGUUGUGGAGGAUGAGAGCCAAAUGGAAUGCUUACCAGAGGAAAGCUCAAGAAUCAUGGUUUGGCAUCUUCAUGAUGAAUUAUCGCAUCUGUAUCCUCCUGAAUGGUCAAUGAAGAAUGACAACCUAUAUGUCACUGCUCCCCUUGAUUGAAAGUUUUGUGGUCACCCGAUGCGAGAAGGAUGAGGGAUAGAUUGGCAACAGAUCAAGUCAUGCAGCACCGACAUCUAACCUUCAGUCCAGCUGUCGGUUGUGUGCUUAGAUUGCUUGUUAUGGUUCUUAUUGGUAGAAGUUUCCAUUGCCAUUGUCCUGCAAGUAUACUAGACAAAUUCUUUCCUUUCUUUUGGUUUGAUUUUUUCAUCUUUAAGCCUAGAUAUGUCCUGUGUACAGUUGCUUGGCUCGGCUGCCAUUUGCAAAAGAAACAAAGUUGUCCAACUGUACAUUGUUUGGUCAGCUAGAGAGAACAUUUAAUUCGGCUGCCAUCUUUUUUAGUUCUGUCCUUUGUCCUUGUUUUUAUCAUUCUUUUCUAAGAUUUAUGCAAUAGCAACAUCGUCUGGCUCAUUGCCUU